GAAGCUCCACACAGGAUAGAUAAGCCUCUCCAGAUCAUACUGAACCAAGCCGCCACUUCACACUAGAGCACUUGAUCACACAAGAAAGUUCAGGUCUAGAAGAAGAUGCAGGCCGCCGCUACAGCCGUCGGGUUCUCGGCCGCGGCGCCCGUGAAGGGCAGGCCGACGGCGGCGAGGAGCACGGCGGUCGCUCGUGUCCCGGCCACAAGGAGGAGCGUCCGCGCCGUGGCCGCCGCCGUCGCGGCGGAGACCGCCGAGGUCGACUACAGCUCGAGCUUCUCGGUGUUCCCGAUGGAGGCCUGCGACCUGCUCGGCGGCGACACCUGCAGCGCGCAGAUGUACCCGGAGGCUAAGCUCGCCGGCGCCGCGGCGCUGGAGGCGGCCGCGAGCAGGAUGGAGGAGGUGGAGAGGGACUACCUGUCCUACGACGAGCCGAAAACGGUGUUCCCCGGCGAGGCGUGCGACGACCUCGGCGGCGAGUUCUGCGAGGCGCCGUACCAGGCCGGCGUCUCCAGGGAGCUGGCGCACGCCUGAUCCCGUCGUCCAUCUAUCCGCAACAUGAACUGAUCUCGCCGUCGAGGCGAUGGGUCCAUGCUGCUAUGCACGUAUGGGUAGCAGACGAUGCUUACGAGGUACAAGGGAAGCUAGCGUACGCACGUACAGAAUAACAGCAGCCAAGCAAGGCCAAGGACCUGUCAUGUGUGUAAAUGUGCAUGUCUCUUGGGUUGUGCCAGCGCCCAGCUGUGCCUGUCUGUAGAAACUGAAGAUGCUGUUUUUCAGCUUCAGAAGAUUCAGUAAACGAUCUAUAAACAUACGUUAAACCGACACAA